AAAAGCUUUUGUUUAUCUUUUAGUGCUAGUGGUUGGUACAGUGGCAGCAGUGAUAUAACAUGCAGUAAUAUUUUCUGAGUGAUUCAGACUGUAUGUGCAUUGCAUAUGUGGCUUUAAAUUUUAACAUAUAGCAUUUGGAAGUUGUGAUUUAUAUGAAGAAUGAAUUCCCAGGAAUCAAAAAAAGAAAUCACACGUCUGGUUAAUGGUUCUAGUGAUGGUUUUCCUUUAUCAAGCUGAUAUUAUUGUUUGACCUUUGUAUCUUGACUGAUGUGUGCUGAGCUAUCCAGUGCUCUGUUUGAUAUCCAGUUUCUCCCAAUGCCAAUAUCAUGUGUCUAUAAAACAAUGAUCUCAGAGUGUCUAUACCUGUUAAAAAGGGGACCAUUUCUUUGCUGUGUUAUAACAUUUCAUUAUACCACAAUGCAAUUUUCUGUUUUGGAAGAAACCCUUAAAUCCUUAAGUAAAAGUAGAAAUACCACAGUGUAGGAAUACUCAGUUAUAAAUUAUAAUUAUAAUUGGCCUAUACUUUCAACCACUGGUCCAGAUUUGUGAAGGGAGACCUACAUCCCAGUUGAGACAGUGAAAUAUAAAAUGUUAUGGGGGAUAAACAAAGACAUAUUAUCAGAGCUUAUUCCUGAAAGAAAGACGUUUCUAUAAUUAGCUUUUGCACGCAACUACGGAGCUACUGCAGUUCAUUUUCGUGACUGGCAGGCAGCUUUGUGCAUGGAAUGAGGAUGACAACGAACAGUGCUUCCAGCACCCACAGCUGCUCGCACUGGUAGACCACUGUGUUUGCACAUGGUAGACUUUGUUCAGUAGGCUUCUCCGGGAGAAUGUCAUUGUUAUAGCUUAUUGCGACACAGGACGAGUCCAUUCUUGCACCCGUUCGCGUUACAGUGUAGGGUUACAGUGUCAUUUUGAGAUCCAGGAACAAACCGGUCGGAGGAGCUGGUGUGACGUAGCAGUCCACCAACAGACCGACAGGCUGCUGCUGCGCCUGGCAGGAUCUCAAUGUGUGGAAAUGACCGCGAGUGACCUCAAAGAAAUACUCAAUUUUAGCGCUGUUCUCGUGUUAAUUCUGUACUGCAUUAAAGCAAGAAUGUACGACAAAUUUUAGUUUUAUAUUUUAUGGUAAAACAGUGUUAUAUUAGGAAAACGACCACUGUCUACUGUUGAUCGCUCGACUGUCUCACUAGCUUGCAAGCGGUUAGCAUUAGCUAGCUAAGCUAAAGUAGCCUGGUUGAUCAUUGCUGGGGCCAGGUUUGUACAAUUUGUCUCUUGCAGAUGCUAAGCUAGGCUAGGCUAGCUGUUGUCAUGGAUAAAGCCAACUCAAUGGUGGACAAGAAAGGAGCGUCGGGACCCUUUCACGUCAACAACGGGCAGAGCCAGAGGGGGUUUCACAGCCACGUCGUGCUGGCUGCCAACGGCAACGUUAAUGCAUACUGCUCGGGCACGGGAGCCAACAGCAGCAGCGCGUUGGAGACCGUGCAUCAUCUGCACCGCGGAGACAACGCAGAGUGCAACGGGUCACCGGCCAAGAGGUGCAGGAUACGGAGGAGGACGGAGUCGAUGAGACGGAACAGACCCCCCUUCCCCUGGUUUGGUAUGGACAUCGGUGGCACCUUGGUCAAGUUGGUGUACUUUGAGCCAGUCGAUAUCACUGCAGAGGAAGAACAGGAAGAAGUGGAAAACCUCAAGUCUAUCCGCCGCUACCUCACUUCAAAUGUCGCCUAUGGUAAAACGGGCAUCCGUGAUGUCCACCUGGAGCUGAGGGACCUGACCAUGUGCGGCAGGACGGGAAACCUGCACUUCAUCCGCUUCCCAACACAGGCCAUGCCACAUUUUAUCCAGAUGGGACGUGACAAGAACUUCUCCAGCCUGCACACGACACUGUGCGCCACAGGAGGUGGAGCGUACAAGUUUGAGAAUGACUUCAGAACAAUGGCUGACCUGGAGCUGCUGAAGCUAGAUGAGCUGGACUGCCUGAUCCGUGGCCUGCUUUUUGUCGACCGGGUGGGCUUCAAUGGACACCCAGAGUGCUACUACUUCCAGAACCCCUCAGACACCCAGAGCUGUGUGAAAAAGCCCUGCACCCUGGAGAACCCCUUCCCCAUGCUGCUGGUCAACAUGGGCUCCGGGGUGUCCAUUCUAGCUGUGUACUCGGAGGACAACUACAAACGGGUGACAGGGACCAGUCUGGGAGGUGGUACAUUCCUGGGCCUUUGCUGUCUGCUGACGGGCUGCGAGACGUUCGAGGAGGCAUUGGAAAUGGCCAGUAAGGGUGACUCUAGCAAUGUGGACAAGCUGGUGAAAGACAUCUAUGGAGGAGACUACGAGCGCUUCGGCCUACUGGGCUCUGCUGUGGCAUCCAGUUUUGGUCACAUGAUGAGCAAAGAGAAGCGGGACAGCAUCAGUAAGGAAGACCUGGCCAGAGCUACGCUGGUCACCAUCACUAAUAACAUAGGAUCCAUAGCACGAAUGUGUGCUGUCAAUGAGAAAAUCGAGCGCGUGGUGUUUGUUGGGAACUUCCUUCGUAUCAACACGGUGUCUACAAAACUGCUUGCCUAUGCCAUGGACUUCUGGUCUAAAGGACAACUACGAGCCCUCUUCCUGGAACAUGAGGGUUAUUUCGGAGCUGUCGGGGCACUGAUGGAGUUGCUCAAAACAAUGGAGGAACCGUGAAGGAAACUAUGCCAUGACAUCAUCAGCCCUUGACAAGACGAUGUCAUCCACCCCUGUGAUGUCAUCAACUCUCGACGCUGUGAUGUCAUCAACUUUUGCGCUGCUGAAAGGUCCUGUUCACAGAGGCCGCUACAGGAACACUAAGAGGGACACGGAAACUGAAAAAAGCCAUUUUAAUAAUUUAAUACAUGUAAAUAAUAACCUCUAACAUCCAUCUCCCAGAUUUCCCCAACAGUGUCUCCUUAUCGUGGAGAUUUUAAUAUAAUCUUUAAUUUAUAGUUUUCUGUGAACAGCUCUGCUGAUUCCUGUCAUCAGCCCUGUGUCAGGAGGCACAGAGACACAGAGUAUUCUGGUGUCUGUUUUUGUGUGAAAAGCUACUGUAACAUUAUGCUCUGGAGGCUGUGGUUUCCUGGGCUGCUAUUUGUGCAACAGUAGGGAUGUCUGCACAGAAAUAAAGUUACUCUUCAGUGAGUAAUUAGGCGUUUUUAUCACCAGGGCAACAAGGCAGUUGCUUUUCUGCAACCACAGAAACAUCAUUUGACCCCCAAUGCCUCCUGCAGACACACAGCUGGAGCUGCUAAUGUUUAUCUAGAUCAGCUGGUGGUCACCCAGCUCCAAACUGCAGCUGCACAGCAGUUGUGGCAGUAGCUAAGGGUUGAGAGGCAUUCUGCUGUUGCCUGCUUGUUGCACAAAAAGUUGCCCCUUGUGCUACAGUCUUCUAAGGAGUGCACUGAAGCCAAAUCCUGUUAAGAGUCAUACAACAACUGCCUCCUACAGCUCAGGUUGGAAGCAGUAAAACAGUCUUUAAUUCUUGGUGUUGCUCCACUACACAUGGCCUUUUUGUUGGUCUCAUCUCCAUCUGCCUAAACAGCAUUAACAACACCAUAUUGCCACAUAUUCAUACUGUACCUAACCUGCUGAGCUUAGCGUUAGACCAUGGGACCAAGAGGUUGUCUUCCAUCAGACAGUGCGUUGUUCUCUCAGCAGCACCAUAACUACAGAUCAGGACCCAGUCUGGCUCAGCGACAUGUGUUUGUGAUUUGUGAAAUACUGAGGGAUGUUUUUUUUUUUUUGUUUCUGUUGCACACCCUAUUUUCUUUUUCUCUUGCCCUUCCCUGUCUUUCAGCAUCUAGCUCCAGGACACUUCAGCGAGGUGGAAGUCCGAUUCCUCGCCCUGCUUCCUUGUUUGGGUGUUGCAUUGUGAUGUAAUGAGGUGUUUGGGGCUGAGCUGAAUCCUUCCAUAAGAAAGGUCCAGCAUCCUGAUCUGCUUGCAGCAGAAUCGGUUCAUCUGCUGUAGAUUAGACUGUUCUUACUCUAGUGGUGCAGAUGUUUUCUUCUUAAUCUGCUGCUGGGUAGGUGUAGUUUUAUUCCCCAACGUUUUACUCACACACAGUGAGAAAAACCCAAAUCCUAUACGUGUACAGUAUAUCUAGUUAAAGUAAGUAGUUGGCCAGUGAGCUACACUUUGACCCCAACUAAUUCUGCAACCCAGAUGGACACUUUUUAUCGUUCAUAGGCCAUUUAAAUUCUCUGUGCUUUAUUUCAACCAAACAUGAACCCUGUGCGGUGGCACAUGCCCAGGUCCACCUUUACUGAGCUUGGCUUUCAAGGACAAUUGACAGAACUGAUCAGAAUGAACCACACUGAACACAGCCCAAGCUGCGGCAGAAGAAAGGCUUUUCAUUAGCUCUAGGCAAAGAAAUGACCGCAUUUAUCUCCCAGAUGCACAGUUUGCAUGCCUGUCUAAGAACAGUGAGCCAGGGCAGCCUCGUGCGCACAGACUACAUGCCUGUCCUGAUCUGAGACCAUAUCCACACUAGCACAUGCACCUUAGAAGAGAUUUAAAAAUUGUGUAUAUACUGAAUACUUGAAAAUGUUAGUGUGAAUCUGCUAGUGUGGCUCUUUUAACAUGUAGGGAUCUAACCUGACCUGCAAUAAUGUUGGAAUUAUAAAUGUACGCCUCAUUCUUUAGGUAAGCUUUGCUAUAUGCAUGACAGUGACAGCUAAAAAGAGGCUUUGUCAUCAGUGAACUUUCUAGCUUCUGACGGUGAACUAUUAGUUUCCCGUAAUGUUCCCCCUACCUGGAGUUUACAGCCUUUCAUCUCUGUUUAUUGUCAAAGCAGCCAGGCUAUGAAGCUGGGCGGUUCAGUCUCCAGUGUCUGUUGUUAUAUCGUUAUUACCAUUGCCUACAUGCCUUUACUCUUCAGCAGAGGAACUCUGCUUUUUCCCUUUUUUGGAAUCGUCCUUUGUGUAAUUCACCUCCAUCUGUUGGUUUUUAUUGUUAAAUACCUCCAAAUCAUCACUGUCAACACUUUAGGGUCAGUUAGUUUCCAGUGUUUUUGAGCCUGUGUUAAUUAGCACUGCAGAUUUUCUUGAUGGCACCUUGUGAUUUCUUAAUGUCACUUAUCUCAUAGCAUACACAUGAGCUACACUUUGACCCCAACUAAUUCCAUGUUUGCUGCUAUACAGUUCUGUUGUGUGGGUUUUAUUUUUUGGUCAUUUGUACAAAGAGACCUGAGGCAGUUGGAUUACAGGCAACUUGGUUCUUAGGAAGUUGUUAUAUUUGGGAUUUUAUCUACACAUUUAAUAAGCUUUGCUGUGAAAUUGAAUAUGCAUCAUUUGAAGGAAUUAUGUUUGUGAAUUCUACAUUGAAUAGAAUCAAUAUAGAUGAGUUGGGUUUUUUUAUGAACAAUUCAUAACUCACAAUAAUCAGGGUAGAUCGGUACAAAAGUAAAAAAAAAAAAAGUGUAGAUUUGUUGGAUAUAUUGGGUAUAAUGAACCAGUCAAGUAGUGAUUAUCUUAAAUAAUCUGAUACUUACAGUUUGCAAGUGUUAAGAGUAAAACUGUAAAACUGGUGAGAUCCUUUAUAGUGUUUUCUGGUCUGUUAAUUUUUUCCUCAUUUGCCUUUUUCCACCUCAUGCUUGGAUGAUAACCAUGGCCUUGACCUGUCAGGUGUUUUUACCUCGUGCCAUCCCUUCUUUUCAUCAGUUGCCUUGGUCGUGCGUUCGUCUGUAUGUUUCAGUUUCCUGCGUCAUGUCCUUUUUUUACCUACUGAACUUUUCCUCAGUGUUGUGGUAAUGUUGUGCAUCCACAUACAUUUUUAUGUUUGGGUUUCACUUUCUGUCUUUGCUUCUGUUGUUGUGUUUUGUUUCCCGUUGUACUAUUAACUGGCGCUGCAGUGUCUUCGGUACGAACGCUUGGCAUUUUUCACCACGUUCUUGUGAAACAACAGAUCAUUAAUAACAGGGUGUGUAAAUGCACAUGUUUUCUCACGUUCCUUUUUAUAGUGUUUUGGACAACAGUGUGGUUUGGGAACAUUUUUAUCCUGUUUUUUUGUUGUUGUUGUUGUUUUUUUAUCAGUAAUAAUGUGAGUUCUUGUAUUUUCCCACCUGAUCUUCUGAUUGUUUCUGGUUGGCACAAAAGAACCAGUGUGAAUGUGCUCAGAAUUGUAAAUCCUUGCUGUCAUGCUCUGUCAGGCUGAGGAAAUGACUUAAAACAUGUUGUGAGUUGCAGCAUUUGUAUUGGUGAACAUUGUCACUGUGAGUUUUAAACAUGUCAUCACUGUUCUGCAGAGCCUUUACUCUCAAAACAUCAAAAUAGAAGGAGCCUUUUUUUAUGGAAACCAAUCUACUGCUCAUCAUUUGGCUCAGUCCUGGUGUCUGUUCUUUUAUCAAAAAUAAAUCAGGACAAACAUGGGAAACAUUUUAAUCUGAAACAUGGUCUCUGCAGAAUAUAGGUGAUCCUAUGUGAUGGUAUCAUGUAAUAUCAUUUUCAUACUAAUCUGCAACUGUUCCGAGCCAGUGAUAGAGACUGACCUGGGAAUAUCCUGAGUUUGAGUCCAUGUUGUGUUUUGGUCCCUACAGUACCUUCUGUACUGCUGUAUCUUCGGUGUUCCUGACUCCAAAACCAAAUGAAUGAGACUUGCUUCACAUAAACUUUGUUUUCAUGGCAGCCACUCAUAAAUCCAUCAUCCAAAGCAGUAUCACGUCUUGGACUCUAGUUGACAUAUUUGUAAACUUUUUAAAAAUGUUUCAGACAUUUUCUAUAACGAAUCCACAGAUACUGUACAGUAUGAAGCAAAACGUUAGGUAAAUUAGCUUUCGUUUCUUCUGUUAUCACGAGCCUGUUAUCAACGUGGGUGCUUGUCUGCUUUGGUAACAGUCUGAGUUUAUUUCCCACAGGGACCACCUGUCCUCAGACCAGUUUAAAUGUCUCAGUACUGUAGGAAGCUUUGGGUGAAAGUGUCCAUCGAACAGCAAAUGUUGUCAUCCAUAGUGAAAUCUAACAGGCUAUGCAGUAACUCAUCUGUCAAUAAUGUAGGCCCCUUUUCUAAACCUAACAGCUGUUUGUAAAUGUUUUAAAAGAACUAUAUAUGCAACCCUGUUGAUGUUCCCUUCUGAGAAAUCCUGUUAGUUUCUCCUUGAAGUUUCUGUCCUGCUGACUUACUGUAGAUGUUAACACUAUUUAAGGUGGAUGCUCACAACAGGAUGAUUUACACCCAAUUAUGCAGCAAUGUGAGUGUGCCAAGCAUGUUCCCUCUGUGGUCUGUGUGAUGCCGUGAUGCUGUACGGUAAAAGAAACAGACCUACAGUUAUUUUGGACACGGCUCUGUUAUGGCAGAUACUUGUCACAGUCAGACUGUUCAUCUUGUUGGAUGUAUGAUGCUGGUUGAAUUUGUUUAAACUUUACACUAAUUUUUUAUUAACACCAAUGUUAAAAGUACUUCAGAUGAGCUGGAGCUGAUCUUGAACAGUGUUCCUUCAGGGUAGGUCAUCUGUAAACGCCCUGUCGCUGUCAAACCUCAUGUUGAACUCCACUCACUGUGACAUAAUGUGUGUUGUGAUCUUCAUGUUUUUCCACCUCUCUUUGCUCUUUGUUUUCCUCAUUAGUUCUUAACUUGGUCCAUCAUCCUCCUGGUGCGUGAGCACAUCCAGCCUUCACACUCUCUUCUGGAACGCUUGACUAGCAGGACAGACCUUUUCACCCUUGUGUAUUUGACUGUAUAGAGAUUUUGUAAAUAAUAUAAAUAUGAUAUAUUCUACACCAGCAACCUGUCUGUUGAUAAAGUUGUUUCAGCUGGUCAGGACCAGGUUUCCCAAACACGACUCUGCACUGGAAUUGUAAAUGAAGUGCAGACAGAAGACGCAUCAGGACAAAACACUUUUCUCUGUGGCUUUAUCGCCUCUAACAACGCCUUUACCAGAGCUGUGAUAAACAGAUACUUGUGGUAUAUGGCUGAGAUUUUCUCCAUUAGGACUAGAUACAUUUACAUGACUAAGCUGACAUUCAUUGUAAUCUUGCAGUUAAAUCCUUCAAUCUGAACUGUUUUAUAGGUUUAAUUUCACUUUAAUAUUAUUUACACUAUUGCAUUCAAGCCCGUUUUACUUUGAUUCACACAUAACUAAUCUGAAUGGUGAUAACUAAAUGUCAUUUUAAGAAAAACAUGGAAUGUUGAAUCAGAUCUUUCCUCCACACUUUGACGUGUUUAGCUCAUUUCAGUGCUCCACACAAUCCAGGUGCAUAUUUUCUGUCUGCUGGAUUUCAGUGCCAGUCGUUCACCUCGGCUCCUCUGUGAUCUGGAUCUGGCUGUGAAAGCUUUGGGAAGCCCAGUGCUGGUUGUUGGCAUCAAUUCUGCUGCUGCUUUUAACUCUGCUUUGAAGAAAGAAAGAGUUAAAAAGAUUAAAAAUGGCUCCCUGCCUUGUGCUAUGUAUAUGUACUGAAGUGGAGAUCUUUUUUUCUAAAGAGGAAUUAAACUAAAACUGG